UAUCAUAUUAUUAUUAUUAUAUAUCAUAUUAUAUAUGAUUGAUUAAUAUAUUCCCCUACAACCCUGUAUACCGUACUAUUAGAAGAGAGAACUGUGUAGCACGAACAGCGUGCAAGGCGUUACCGAUUACUUUGCAACGAUUUUGCGAGUAGAUCUCGAACGAUCGAGAAACCCGGGCGUCGCGUCGACCGUGACAUUGAUUCCGCGAAUCGGUUGUCCAAGGCCGACCGGGCCGCUGCGAAAUAAGUUCACCGGAGAGCACGGACGUUAGCGACGACACGUUAAAUAUACGCUUUCUCAUCUGGAACCGAUUAACUUCCGACGACGUGUCCGCGCCGUGCCGUCCGCAGCAGCCCCGACCUUCUGAAAUUCCCGGCCGCAGUUUCUCGAACCGAACGUCUAAACAGAGACCAGAGGGGAAAUAGCAUCUAUUGUAAAAUACCAAUUUUACGCGAUUGCAUCAGCUGCGGGCCGUUUGGCUCGGCGAAUUCAGCGGCUCACGGUCGUCUCGCGAGCGAUUUCCACGCGAAAAUGAAAGACAAGAGCGCGUGUCCUGCCCGCUGCCCCCGCUGGCAGCGACGCGUCACGCGGAAAACUUUCCUCGGCGAAGCGGGACAGGCGUACGAGGAAUUGGAGAAUCGUGUCGGAGAAAGUAAAAAUACCAGCGAUUAAUUUUUCCCGAGGCACUGGCAACACGAUACCGACGCUACAGCGAAUGAUAAGAGCAGCGAAAAAUUCCUGCGACGAUCGCCGAUUGCCGUCGAUAGCUCAGAGUUAGCUCGUUUCGAUGAACGGCGCGCCGCGAUCUACAUUUCCCCGAUCGGGCGGUCAGUGAAAAUAAGCAGCGCGGAAGAUAGUCAGGCAAAGCGAAUACACAUCAUAUAAGGCUCGGUCCUGGAGGGAGGUGUCAGUUGGAAAGUGCGAGCUCUCGUACGAGGAACGAGAAGCGGACCGUUUCGCUCGGCCAUUCGAUCGAACAUGGGACCGAUGCUGCGCUCGCUGCUCCUCGUCGCGCUCGCCGUUUCCGCGGGCGCAGCUCGGGGCAAAGAGAAGCCGGAGGGGACGCCGUGUAUCGACGACCAGAAGUUCUAUCGGAACCCGAACGCCCCGGCCCGCGACGUUUGGUCGCCAGCCGAGUGCGCCAAGUAUUAUCUUUGCUUAGACAAGGAGGUGUUCGAGUUCAGGUGUUCCCAGGGACUGCUCUUCGACGUCGCCAGGCAGAUCUGCGACUUCAAAGCGAACGUGGACAACUGCGACGUCACCUCAGAGACUCAGCCACCCAGACCGCUCCUGCAGAACGGCGACUGCGAGGACAAACACUACGCCUGCGGAGACGGCACUUGUUUCCCCGCUGCGUACUUCUGCGAUGGAAGCGUCGAUUGUCCCGAUGGCUCGGACGAAGGCUGGUGUGAUGUCCGGAACGAUCCCAACGGGGCGACACCCUGCGAUCCAAAGAAAUGCCAGCUGCCGGACUGCUGGUGUUCCGAAGACGGUACCCAGGUGCCGGGCAACCUGACAGCAUCGACGAUCCCGCAGAUGAUAACGGUCUCCUUCGACGACGCGGUCAACGCGGAGAACUUCGAGCUGUAUUCCAAGAUAUUUUCGGCGGACAGAAAGAAUCCGAAUGGAUGUCCUAUCCGGGGAACUUUCUACAUCAGCCAUCAGUACACCAAUUACAGGGACGUGCAGUAUUUGUGGAACGUUGGGCACGAGAUUGCUGCACACUCUGUCACGCAUCGAGGUCCAGAGGAAUGGUGGUCCAGGAAUGCGACUAUAGAGGAUUGGUUCGACGAAAUGGUUGGCCUAGCGAACAUCAUUAACAAAUACGCUGCGGUUAGGCUGAAAGACAUCAAAGGUCUGAGAGCCCCGUUCCUGCGCGUCGGUUGGAACCGACAAUUUCUAAUGAUGUCCGAAUUCGGUUUCGUCUACGACUCGUCCAUGUUAGCUCCUUUCUCCGAUCCACCGUUUUGGCCGUACACGCUGGAUUACAGACCGCCUCACAAUUGUGUGGGCGCCGAGCAGCUCUGUCCUACCCGAGCGUAUCCAGGUCUCUGGGAGCUUCCGCUAAAUCAGCUUUUGGCAGGUGGAUACAGUUGCACAAGACUGGACACAUGCUCGGCGGAGUUGUCCGCGGAAGACGCGUACAAGUCGCUGAUGCUGAACUUCAAGAGGCAUUAUCUUAGCAACCGUGCCCCGCUGGGCCUGCAUCUCCACUCGUCCUGGUUCCAAAAUCCUAUCUACUUCUACACGUUCACGAAAUUCGUGGACGACGUACUGAAGCUGAAGGACGUGUAUUUCGUCACAAGCCAUCAAGUGAUAGAGUGGAUGCGCAGCCCAACGCCGCUAAUCGAAAUUGAGAGGUUCGCUCCUUGGCAGUGCGGCCCGCGUCAACUCCAGCCGUUCGAGAUCGCCUGCGAUUUGCCGAGCAGUUGUAAAUUGCCGAGCAGAGUGCUCAAGUCGUACCGCUACCUGCACACCUGCUUCGAAUGUCCCAAAGAGUAUCCGUGGUUAAGGAACGAGUUUGGUCUGGAGUGAACGAGCAUACGUGACCGUCGCCAUGCCAUGCUCAAAUUACGCGCGAAACAGGAGAGAAUGGAAUUAUUUAUUUGUGGAAGACCCGCACGUGUAUCUUUUAAGAAAAUCAUAUCAAUGUAUUUACCAUAGAAGUUUUUACUUACACAGUUCACUUGUAAAAUAAAUUACGCCCAUUUCUGUUAUAAAAAAGUUCUUCUUAAGCUUAA